CCCCGACCGUGCCGGUGCCGCCGGCCGUAAAGCGCCGCUGCCGCCCGCCCGUCCCCGCCCCGGCGGUCGCUGGCCAUGUUCGCGGCGGCGGAGGAGGACGACGCCGAUUUCCUGUCCCCGGCCAGCGGAGCCAGAUUAGCCUCUCUCUUUGGCCUGGAUCAAACAGUCUCAAGCCAGGGAAAUGAAUUCUUCCAGUUCACGGCACCAAAGCAGCCCAAGAAGGGUCAGACAGCAGCUGGGCAGCCCCAGAAGGCCCCGGUGGCCUCAGGAGUCCCCUCGGUGCUGGUGGCCACGGCCGUGCUCGCCUAUCGAUAUACAAAUGGGCAGUACUUGAAGCAGGGCAAGUAUGGAGCAGCUGUAGUGGGGAACCACGCCACCAAAGAGUACAGGAUCCUCCUUUACAUCAGCCAGCAGCAACAGAUCACCUCUGCAAGGAUCCACCCAGGCUUUGUGCUCACGGUGAGACUCUGCCUUGGAAAAGCCUUUUUUGAUCGCAAAAACCACAAGGUUCAGCCCAACAAUUACAGCACGUUCUAUGAUGAUCAGAGGCAGAACUGGUCCAUCAUGUUUGAGUCAGAAAAGGCAGCAGUGGAUUUCAGUAAGCAGGUGUGCAUUGCCAAAUGCAACAGCUCUCCAGCACUGGACUCGGUCCUCUGCCAGGAUCUCCUCCUGGGAGAAGGGCAGGGGGUGGAAGGAGGAGACUCCCUGGAGGUUGCCUAUACAGGAUGGCUGUUCCAGAACAACGGGCUUGGACAGGUGUUUGACUCUAAUGUUAACAAAGACAAGCUGCUGCGGCUGAAGCUGGGGUCUGGAAAGGUCAUCAAGGGCUGGGAGGAAGGAAUGCUGGGCAUGAAGAAAGGAGGGCGAAGGUUCCUCAUCAUUCCUCCAGCCUGGGCCUACGGGGCUCAGGGCGUGGCUGCUCGUGUCCCUCCAGACUCCACUCUGGUGUUUGAGGUGGAGGUCAGGCGGGUGAAGCUGGCAAAGGAGUGCUCUGGUUCAGAUGGGCUGAGUGUCAGUUCAAGGGAUUCCCCUGCACCUUCUCCAGUUCCCAGCUCAGAUGGCUUCUCCUCAGACUCGGGUUUAGUGCCUCCCUCCACCAUCCCUCCAAAGCCUGGGGAGCCAGCUGUCCGGGCCAAGUCCAACUCCAUCAGUGAGCAGCUCGCAAACCCAGAUGUAGCAAAGGCAAAGCUGAUUUCUCGGAUGGCCAAAAUGGGACAGCCCAUGCUGCCUUUCCUUGCUGGGACAGCAGGGAGCCAGCUGGACUCCAGUGACUCAGAAAUAGAGGAUCCCAAUACUCUGAGAGGGACAACCCAGCCAGUGGCUCCAACCAGACCCUCCCAGCCAGCUCAGGCAGUGCUGCCCACAGUGUCCACACAAGUACCUCAGGCAUCUGGUGCUGCACCUUCAGUAUCUUCUGCUGCUUUAAUUCCUGCAACGAUCCAGCCCCAUUCAGCUCUGCCUGGAGGAGCACAGGGUUUUCAGGCAUAUCCAGGAGUGGCAUUUGCUUACCCCCAGACUGCUGCAUCUGCAUCUCAACUCCAGCCUGUGGGUCAGAUGUAUCCUGCUCCUUACCAAGCUCCUGGAGAUGUCACUUCCUUUUUGAUGACAGAAGCUCGGCAGCACAACACGGAAAUACGACUGGCUGUGAGCAAAGUCGUGGAUAAAAUGGAUCACCUGGCUGCCAAGGUGGAGGAACUGAAGAAGCAAAGCACUGCUAACAGCUCCUUGCUGCCUGGCAUCUCCUCUGUCACUAUGGAAGCCUCCAUGAUCAUGAGCAACAUCCAGCGCAUCAUCCAGGAGAAUGAGAGACUGAAGCAGGAGAUAUUUGAGAAGAGCAGUCGGAUUGAGGAGCAGAAUGAGAAGAUCAGUGAGUUGAUUGAACGUAACCAGAGGUAUGUGGAGCAGAGUAACCUGCUGAUGGAGCAGAGGAACCACUCCCUGCAGACAACAAAUGAGAACACGCAGGCAAGAGUGUUGCAUGCCGAGCAGGAGAAGCACAUGCUGCCAGUGGAUCGGGGCUGGGACCAGGCCAAAGUUGCAGAGGAGCUGGCAGCUGCCACAGCCCAGGUUUCCCAGCUGCAGCUGGAGCUCACUGCCCACCAGAAGAAGGAGAUGGAUCUGAGGAAGCAGCUCUCCUGUGCUGUGCAGGAUGCAGAGAGACAGGAGGCACAGCUCAACAAGCUGCAGGCACAGGUGGCAGAGCUCCAGGAAGCCUCUCAGGACACUCAGAGCAGGUUCAAGGCUGAGAAGCAGAGCCGCAAACAGCUGGAUAUGAAGAUUGCAGCACUGGAGGAAGAGCUGACAGACCUGAGGGUGGAAAAGGAGACUCUAGAAAAGAAUCUUGCAGAGAGGAAGAAGAAAUCCCUGUCAGAGAGAGCUCAGGCAGAGGAAGAGAUGGAGGAAAUUCGCAGGUCGUACCAGCAGGAGCUGGACAAGCUCCGGCAGCUCCUGAAAAAAGCCCGGACCUCGACUGACCAGGCAGCAGCAGAGCAGCUGUCAGUGAUCCAGGCAGAGCUGGAGUCCCAGUGUGAAGCCAAGUGUGAGCGUGCCCUGGCCUCAGCCAAGGAGCAGCACGCCCGGCAGUGCCAGGAGCUGUGUGAGCAGAGGGACUCCCUGCAGCACCAGGUGGCCCAGCUGGAGGAGAAGCUCACAGCUCUCAAACACUCGAAAAAAGCAGAGGAGCAAAAAUUGUCUGAGGCUCAGCAGCGUUUGGAGGAGCUGGAGCCUAUCCAAGAGAAGUACUCAGCCCUGCAGGCAGACGUGGGGGUGCUGAGGGCUCGCUACGAGGAACGGAUCCGAGACCUGCAGAAGGAUCAGGAUGGAUCUUCCCCUGCAGACUACACUGAGCAAGUAAAGAAGAUAAUGAAUGGUGUAUUUCAGUCUCUUCGGGGUGAAUUUGAGCUGGAUGAGAUGUACAGUGGCAGGACAGUCCUGGGGGUUGUCAUGAACACUAUCAAGACUGUGACACUGCAGCUGCUCAGCAGGCAGCAGGAGAAACCAGAGCAUGGCAGUGAAAAUGAGGAAUCUGGCACAGGAGCAGGGAGACAGGAGGGAUCACCUGGAGCAAAGACUGAGCACAGAGAGCCCCUGCAGCACAGCCCAGCACAGAGCACUGCACUCCCAGCUGAUCCUGGGGAAGCAAGCAGAGGCUCCCUGCAGUCUGAGCAGCAAGGCCAGGCUGCUCCUCACCCUGCUGGGCCCACAGCUCCUGAGGAGGAGCAGGAGACACAGAGCAGUAGGAUGGCAGAAGAAGAGAAGCAUCUCCCUCCCGCAGCUGAUUCCAGCCUGGAUGCUGAGAAGGAGCCUGUGCUUGCAGGGCAGCCUGUUCCUGGGCUGGAGCAGAGGCUGGACAGUGUUCCCAUUGGGAAGGCUGACCCAGAACAGGAUCCCUCUGCAGUGCCUUUGCAGGCAGCUGCUGCAGAGCCUUCUGUUCCAGGAGCCAAGCCAGGAGAUGGGGAUGAGGCAGCACCUCCAGCACAUCCAGCUGUGGAGCAGAAGGCAGAGGAGGCUGGGGGAGGUUUAGAGCCUCCUCCCUUAAAUGGGGAGGAGGGGAGUGGCACAGAGCCGUGGGAUGAAGCUGGCUCUGAGCAGGAACCUGCCUCAGCGUCCAGCAGAGCAGAGCCAGGCUCAGCUGUCCUGGGAGAAGCUCCAGGAUCACAGGAACUGGGCUCCAGCCCCAGGCACACAGAUUCCAGCCUCUUUGAGGAUGACAACUUCUUUGAAACAGCAUCUCCUAAACCACUGAAGCCUCAAGUUCCCUCAGAAGAGGAGGAUGAGGAGGAGGUGAGCAUGAAGGGGCGCCCCCCUCCCGCGCCGCUCUUCGGUGACGAUGAUGAUGAUGACCUGGACUGGCUGGGAUGAAGAUGUGGCUGCUGAGCCCUCUCCUCUGGGCAUGGCCUCUUCCUGUGCUCUGAGCCCUUGAUGAGCUGCCCACAUGGGACAUUGGGAAGGGUCAGGGACUUCCCAGCUCUUGUCCUGCAGCUGGAUGGGGGCUGGCAGCGGGGGGCUCUUCCUGCACUCGUGGGUGCUCAGCCCCAUCACUCUGAGCUGCCAAACACUCUGGGGUUGGGAUGAGUGCAGGAGCCACCCGCUGUCCCCCUCCCCUGAGCCCUGGAUUCAUUAAUCUCAAACUUUAUGCAAAUAGGAACUUGGCGAAGAGCUUCAGCAGAGCAAGUCUGGCAGGACCCUGCUGUGGCAACACCCUGUUAAAAAAUCAGACUAAAAUCUCCUUCCCCAGUGAUGAAGUCCUUGGAAUACUUGUCAGUCCCUAGGUGGCUCCCAGGGACCCUGCACCCUCUCCCCACUGUGUCUGAGCCAUGUGCCCCUGGAGGUUCCCCCAGGAAUCCCAGUCAGGUGUUUCCUGUGAACCCCUGGCUCUGCACAAGCAGCUUGGGGAGCCCUGGGGGCUGACGUGGUUCAGGUGGGCACUGACUCAGAGCUGUGGCACAGGUGCUGCUGGGCCUUGGAGCUCUGGUAAAGCAGGGCCUGAGUAGCUGUGAUGGUACAAGGAGCACAAUCCCUGCUGUGUGUUAGUCAGACACUCACAGGCAGCUCCUCCUGUGCCCAGAGCUGAGGUGGCUUUUGCUGGCUGUGUUUCCCUGUGGGAGCAGCAGCCCAGCUCUGGGAUGGGCUGUGUGUUUGGGAACUCCUUCCCCACAGCCCAGCCCCUCUCCCGUGCCUUUGGCUCUGCUGCUGUUGAAGUGUGACCAUCCCAGCACCAGUCAGACUGUACAGAGGGGUGGGACACAAGGCCCAGGCUGGGCUGGGCAGUCUGGGGUGUCACCAUGCACUCUGAGGGGACCAGGAGGGGAAAGGAGUGAGGACAGAGCUGGGCAAACAGCCUGGGGCUCUCACAGCACUUUUAUUCUCCAUUCGUGGGCACUAACACAACUUCACCCCAAAAGUCUUUAAAAUAAAUAAACCCUUCAUAAAAUGGAAGAACUUAAACUAAUUAUACUAAUUCUAUGGUUUAGUUUCUACACCUGCCUUUACAGUCUCUGAAUGGAAUUAGAUCUCUGUCCUCAUAAAGGUGAUUGCUUGGGAGGAAACACCCAAAAGAGCACUGGGUGUUGCUGUUGGGGUGUGACAGGUGCCUGUGCCCCAGUCUCAGUUCCACAAAUUGCCAAAUGCAGCUGAAAUUGGGGCAGAGACCAAAGCCUGUGACAGCCACCCUGCUGCCAUGCAGGGUGACCUGAGCUGGGUCUUCCUGGGCAUCACUCAGUGCUCACUAGGAGGGUGUUUGGAACUGGAUUUUGGGGGUGCUUGUGCUGCUCUGAGGGUCAGUGCCCUGGUGUGGCAUCUGGACCUGUCCAUGCAGUGUCCCAGGAGCGAUCACUGCUCAUACUAACAACUUCCACUUCUCCUUCCCCAUUACAGAUAGACACCCUGAGGGAUUUACAUUUCACUUCUUGGAAAAUAAAGUGCAAUUAAACCUGGA